GAGAGAGACUAGAAAGAGAGAAGGAAAGGUAGGUGAGGAGGAGGUGAAAGAGAGAGACAGGUAGAGAGAGAAAGAGAGACAUAGAGUGUCCAAUUCUCCCAUUCACAACUCUCUUUACCCUGUUAGCUUCGAUGCUAAUUCGGUCAGACCAGAACUCUAUCGGGUCUAUAUUCCUCUCCGUUUCCUACAGAUCCUGUCCACCUCUGACCCUCCACCUUUGACCUUUCACGUAUCCCUCAGAUCGAGUGUUGUGUCCUGGAGUCCAUCCCAGAGUCAUCAAGGUCGUCCAGAGACGAGACCCAGUUGUUAUCGAGAGAUGAGAAGGAUACUCUCUACUCAGCUGGGAUGCUAGCCUCCUCCUCACAGCAGGCGCAUGCUAACAGCUACGGCUCACAGCAGACGAACAGCCAACCGUUCUGCACACUGAAGGACGAGAAAUCUCCGCGUCAUUGUUCCAGCAGCAACAUGGAGGACGGCGAUAAGCUCCUGGCCCCGCACCCUUCUUUCGGCAGCCAUUUUGAGAGGACAAUCACUGUUGUCAGGGGCAACCGUAGCCUUGGUAUGACAGUGAGUGCUAUAAAGGACGGCUCAGGGAUGUUGAUCCGGUCAGUGAUCCGUGGAGGGUCAGUCAGUCAGGAUGGGAGGCUGGGUGUAGGAGACACUAUCCUGGCUGUUAACGGAGUUCCCACCACCAACCUGACCAAUGCUAUGUGUAGAGCCCUGCUGAGGAGACACUCUGUUACAGAGCCAGAUAUGAGUGUGACAUUCAUCCCCUCGUCUCUGGUAGAGGAGCACCGUGCCUCCAUGGCCCAGCAGCCUCUGUCAUCCAUCAUGGUGGACGGCCCCUCACCCUGCCCCCUGACCCCUUCCCCUACCCCCCCUGGAGGUCCAACCCCUUCCCCUACCCCUCCUGGAGGUCCAAUCCCUUCCCCAACCCCUCCUGGAGGUCCAAUCCCUUCCCCUACCCCUCCUGGAGGUCCGACCCCUUCCCCUACCCCUCCUGGAGCCCCAGAUACAGCCUCAACAGUCCCAACUCCAGGUCCAGCUACAGCCCCAAAGCCUCAAGGCCCUUCUCUACCCAGACCUGUAGUGUCAGCUACAAGUACAGCCCCAGCCUCAACAGUCCCAACUCCAGGUCCAGCUACAGCCCCAAGGCCUCAAGGCCCUUCUCUACCCAGACCUGUAGUGUCAGCUACAAGUACAGCUCCAGCCUCAACCCCAACCACAGGCCCACCCAGACCCCCACCCCCAGACAAGAGCCUAGUCCCUAAACCUCCACCCUCACCCGUACCAACGAAGGAGAGGAGAGGUGUGGAUGGAGUGAGAGAGGAGGAGAAGAAAGUGGAGAGGAAGAGAGAGGAGGAGGAGGUUAGAGAGGAAGAAGGGAGAGAGGAUGAGAUGUUGGGUUAUCCUACUGACCUCAGCUGGGCUCAACCUCGAAGGGUCAAGUUGAUGCGUUCUUCAGGCCAGUCUCUGGGUAUCAGUAUCAUGGGAGGUAGAGGGAUGGGCAGCAGGCUGAGCAGUGGAGAGGUGAUGAGAGGAGUGUUCAUUAAACACAUCACACCAGACAGCCCUGCUGGACACAACGGCACCCUGAAGACUGGAGACAGGAUACUGGAGGUAGGAUGCAUGGAUCUGAGAGAUGCCAGUCAUGAGCAGGCAGUGGAGGCCAUCCGUAGUGCUGGAGACCCUGUUGUCUUCCUGGUACAGACUGGACAACACAAAUCACAGUCGUCUCCUGUGCUCUCCAACCAUGAGAGGCAAGCCUCAGCAUCACACAGGGACUCACUGAACAACAGGAUGCCAGAGAGUCACAGUGGUCUGUUCCUUAGUCUCUCCCCCGCCAACCCCUUCACCCCUACUCCCUUUAAGCCAACAGCCAAUAGGACGGUCAGGAGAAGCCCCACAACUGUCUCUGCACCAAUCACACUGAGAGACAAGGAAGACGACAGCUGGAAGAAGAUGAUGUCCAGGUAUGGCGGUCUGCCAGGUGAGCUCCAUAUUAUAGAGCUGGAGAAGAGUCCCAGGGGAGUCACUAGCACGGAGGCCCGGGGACAGGGUCUGGUUCCUGGUCUGGGUCUCAGCCUGACGGAAGACAGGGAUGGUUCCAGAGCCCACCUCGGUGUCUACGUGGCUGGGGUCGACCCCCCAGGGAGCAGCGGGGCGAGAUGGACGGAUACGGGUGGGAGAUGAGCUACUGGAGAUCAACGGUCAGAUCCUGUAUGGUCGUAGUCACCAGAACGCUACAGCCAUCCUCAACAGUG